AGAGACUCCACCAGCGGAGGUCCCGAAGUUGAGGUUCCGCAGUCCAGACUCUGCAGCCAGCCGCCGUGCAAAGUGACCUCUCUUUUCCUGACCUUUGCCUGUUUGCGUCCUUCGGAGAUGAUGGUUGUGUGUGCAGCGGCAGCUGUCCGGUUCUUGGCCGUGUUUACAAUGAUGGCUCUCUGCAGCCUCCCUCUGCUAGGAGCCAGUGCCACCUUGAACUCAGUUCUCAUCAAUUCCAACGCGAUCAAGAACCUGCCCCCACCGCUGGGUGGUGCUGGGGGGCAGCCGGGCUCUGCUGUCAGUGUGGCGCCGGGAGUUCUCUAUGAGGGCGGGAACAAGUACCAGACUCUUGACAACUACCAGCCCUACCCUUGCGCUGAAGAUGAGGAGUGCGGCUCUGACGAGUACUGCUCCAGCCCCAGCCGCGGGGCAGCCGGCGUCGGAGGUGUACAGAUCUGUCUGGCUUGCCGAAAGCGCAGGAAGCGCUGCAUGAGGCACGCUAUGUGCUGCCCCGGGAACUACUGCAAAAAUGGAAUAUGCAUGCCCUCUGACCACAGCCAUUUUCCUCGAGGGGAAAUUGAGGAAAGCAUCAUUGAAAACCUUGGUAAUGACCACAACGCCGCCGCGGGGGAUGGAUAUCCCAGAAGAACCACACUGACUUCAAAAAUAUAUCACACCAAAGGACAAGAAGGCUCCGUCUGCCUCCGAUCAUCAGACUGUGCCGCAGGGCUGUGUUGUGCAAGACACUUCUGGUCCAAGAUCUGUAAACCUGUCCUUAAAGAAGGUCAGGUGUGCACCAAGCACAAACGGAAAGGCUCCCACGGGCUGGAGAUAUUCCAGCGCUGUUACUGCGGGGAAGGCCUGGCUUGCAGGAUACAGAAAGAUCACCAUCAAGCCAGCAAUUCUUCUAGGCUCCACACCUGCCAGAGACACUAAACCGACAGUCUAAAUAUGAUGGACUCUUUUUAUCUAAUAUAUGCUACGAAAAUCCUUUAUGAUUUGUCAGCUCAAUCCCAAGGAUGUAGGAAUCUUCAGUGUGUAAUUAAGCAUUCCGACAAUACCUUCCAAAAGCUCUGGAGUGUAAGGACUUUGUUUCUUGAUGGAACUCCCCUGUGAUUGCAGUAAAUUACUGUGUUGUAAAUCCUCAGUGUGGCACUUACCUGUAAAUGCAGCAAAACUUUUAAUUAUUUUUCUAGAGGUGUGCUACAUUGCCUUGUUUCUCUUGCAUGUAAAUUUUUUUUGUACACGGUUGAUUGUCUUGACUCAUAAAUAUUCUAUAUUGAAGUAAUUUUGGUUUACAGUUCUUAAAUGUGUAACCCUUUCUGCUUCAAUGUCUAGGGGGUCGAAUGUAAGGAGAAAUGGAAUAGUCGGUGAUAGGCAUCUAAAAUUUAACAUGAAAGUAUCAGUUUAUUUCCUGAGAUGUGCUCUCUGCUUAGAUUCUCUCUCUCUCUCUCUCCCUCUCUCUCUCUCUCUCUCUCUCUCUCUCUCUCACACACACACACACACACACACACACACACACACACAUCUCUCCUCUCUAGUUCUGUCUCUCUCAGCUGGUAGUCCUUGAAAUAAAAUUUAACAUUUAAUAAUCAUUAAGUUAGAAGUAUAGAUACAUUUGGGGCUCUGUGUGUGUGUGAGAGAGAGGGGGGGUUAAAAUGAUAAGAUAUAUUGUCUGUGUGUGAGUUAGUUUAAAGAGAAUGUAUCUACAUUGAUAAAACUCAAAUGGCUUUGGUAAUAUGGGCUUGAAUUUGGUAUAACUACCUUCAAAACUUCUAACAAGUGUGGUUGGUGCUUUUGCCUAUAAUCCCAGGAUUUUGGAGGCUGAGGCAGAGGGAUGCCCAUGAACUCAGGUCCAUUCUGGCCAACUCUUUCUAUAGAACAAUGUUCAGUUUCAAAAAAAACAUCAACCAAAAGUAGUUAACAACCAAUUAAUAUUCACCUAAGUGACCAACAGUUAUUGGAAGGGAGGGAAUGCCCAAGCAAGUGAUUCCAGAUGAUGGGCAGAAUUCAGAAGAGAUUAUGCAGAAGGAAGCCUGCCAACUUAAGCCAAAUAAUUAAUUCUGAAUAUUUUAGAUCCUCUGACAUGCUGAAGAAUUGUUUCAAUCACUUUGAUUUAAAAAAUAAUUACUAAACAAUCAUAAAUUCUAGAAUGUAACACUUCUCUUGCCAAGAAAUUAUUUCAUUUUUUGCUUCACCUGUACUCCAUUGAUUGGAAUGAGAAUGGCUUUAUUAAAAAAAAAAA